AUGGAGGACAGCACCACCGCCGUCCUCGACGACGCCGCCAGCGCCCUGGACGCGUGGAUCGCCAUCAUAGUCGCGCUACUCCUCGGUACCAUCUCGUUGGCGUGGUAUGUCCUAGCGCAGCGCCCGCCGCCGCCAGUCGACGAGCCAGUGGCGCCGACCAAGUUUGAGACGUUUGUCCGGGCGCAAACCGCCGCCGCGCCGCGCGUCCUUUUCUCUACCGUUGCCGCGCCCGGUACGAUCCGCACCUUGCUAAACCGUGCCAGCGUCGACGUGCUGCAUGUCGAUCUGACGCGCAUUGCGGGCAAGGCCGGCAUUCUGGCCGUCGUGCGGGCAUGUGGCGCGUCAACGGACGACUGCACCGAGUUUCUCUUUGAGAACGGCCAGUACAUUGGCAGCAGCGCGCUCCUCGAGGCCAUGUAUCGGUCGGGCGAGCUCGGGAAGCGUCUUCACGUGACGCUGCCACCUCGAGCCGACGAUGAGCUUCUGCUCCCGAUCGUGACCUUGGGCGACCACACGGUGGUGGCGCCCUGCGUCAAGACCCAGCUGACAAUGGCGCAGCUACGCAGCGCGACCUUUAAGGCUAGCGUCCUUGCACCGAGCAUUGUGCCACUGGCGUCGCGACCGCAUGGCCAGAGCAGCGCGAACCGCAGCCAGCUCCUCGUCUCGUUUUCGCCGACCGUGACCGAGUACCCGUGGGAUGUCAUGGACGUGCUCGUUGCCCACCCUUUGGAGGCGACCGACGUCCUCACGCUACCGGCGCCCGGGUGGGUCGAUGCCGCCCACACCAACGGCGUGGCCGUGCUGGGGACGCUCACGUGGUCGGCCACUGCUAACGCCACGUGGGCGACGGACGAGGACCUCACAACUCUCGCAUCGCUGCUGCUGGCCAUUGCGCAGCGACUCCAGCUCGACGGCUGGGUCGUCACGGGUAUGCCACCGCCGUCACCGGCAGUGCACGCUCUCUUGCCGCGGCUGCGCGGUACCACCUCGCGCGUGCUCUGGAGUACUGCUGAGACGGCGUCGGUGCCACGUCAUGUCGACGGGCUGGUCUGGGUGGGCGACAGUAGCCCCAAGACGGUUCUCUCGCUGAAGAAAGCGUUUCCCGACAUCCCGCUCUUCGUCCACAUGGCGGAGCACGUCGACUUGCAGGCGCGGUCGCUUCGGUUCGCCGGCGUCUCCAUCUCGAUCGACGCCACCGCCAGCCAAGACGCCUUUUGGCCGUCGACGUGGCGGUCGCUCGGGCCCGUGCACGCCCGACGUAACGCGAUCGCAACGAGCUUUGAUGCGGGGCAUGGCGACCACCUCUCGCUGCAUGGCGAGGUCGUGUCGCGAGCACUCUGGCGCGACCCGGGCCGUAUCGACCUCCAGCCAAAGUCGAUUGCGAUGAAGAUGAAGGGCACGCUCACCGCCGCGCUCUCGACGCACGUCGCGUACCUCGGCGGCACGAGUCUGCUCAUCGAGGGCACCGUGGGUCCGAAGAGCAAUGCGAUGCUCGACAUUCUGCCGACCGACGUUCAAUUUACGCCCCGAAAAGUCCUUUGCGUGCGCUACUCGUUCCUCAACUGGACGCCCAACGUUGCGCUGAACCUCGUGCUCUGGAUCGCGGGGCGCCAAGAGCACUUGAUGCUGCGCAGUUCGCAAGCGUCGUCGACACCGAAGAAGCGCCUCUCGCCGCUCGUCGGUCGGUCGGCCCUCGGCACCGUGUACGCAGCCAGCACAGAGACCACGCACGCGACCUCGGGCUGGAUCACGCGAACGUACUACGUCGGCGGCCAGCUCUGGGACGGCAAGACCAUCGUCGCCAUCGGCGUGGCUGCCAUCAACCUCCACGACGCGCCACAGCCCGUGUCGGCGCACCUCGGGCACCUCGCACUCGGCACCGACCCGCUCGAAGACGACGUCGACGCGUCAUCAUCCUGCUACACCAAUGUGCGGGCAUUGGGCGACACGGUGGUGUUUACGCCGUCGGCAGCGGUCGCAUCCACCGCCAUUUACACCGAGACGCCGCUGACCUUUGUCGCACAGACGCGCCAGUCCAUGUGGUCGCCGAUGGCGCCAGGGCGGUACGUCCUCCGUCCGAUCGGAUGGGCCGGCGCCUUUUUGGCACCGCUAGCGUCGUGUCCUCGCUUCCUAGUGCAAGACGCUGUGACGUCCGACGCAACGUAA